AUGAAUAUAUUUGAUCGGAAGAUUAACUUUGAUGCACUCUUUAAAUUUUCCCACAUAACCCCCUCGACACAGCAGCACCUGAAGAAGGUUUAUGCCAGUUUUGCCCUCUGUAUGUUUGUGGCGGCUGCGGGGGCCUAUGUCCAUGUGGUCACCCAUUUCAUUCAGGCUGGCCUGCUGUCUGCCUUGGGCUCUUUGGGGUUGAUGAUUUGGCUGAUGGCAACACCUCACAGCCAUGAAACUGAGCAAAAAAGACUGGGACUUCUGGCUGGAUUUGCUUUCCUUACAGGAGUUGGCCUGGGCCCUGCUCUGGACUUGUGCAUUGCCAUCAACCCCAGCAUCCUUCCCACUGCCUUCAUGGGCACAGCAAUGAUCUUCACCUGCUUUACCCUGAGUGCACUCUAUGCCAGGCGCCGUAGCUACCUCUUUCUAGGAGGUAUCUUGAUGUCAGCCAUGAGCCUGAUGCUCUUGUCUUCCCUGGGGAACCUUUUCUUCGGAUCUGUUUGGCUUUUCCAGGCAAACCUGUAUUUGGGGCUGGUGGUCAUGUGUGGCUUUGUCCUUUUUGAUACUCAACUCAUUAUUGAAAAGGCUGAAAAUGGAGAUAAAGAUUAUAUCUGGCACUGCGUUGACCUCUUCUUAGAUUUCGUAACUCUCUUCAGAAAGCUCAUGAUGAUCCUGGCUAUGAAUGAGAAGGAUAAGAAGAAGAAGAAGUGA